CGCUCGGCAGUUUCCGUGAGUGCCGGGUGCUGGUUCGGGCCCACUCGGCUGGUUCCGCCGUUCCUUGUUGUGGCCCGGCCGUGUCUCUCCCCCAGCCUCGCCGGCCCCGCCACCCCCCCGGCGAUGGCGGCCUUCGGGAUCCUGAGCUACGAGCACCGGCCCCUGAAGCGGCCGCGCCUGGGGCCGCCCGACGUCUACCCGCAGGACCCCAAGCAGAAGGAGGAUGAGCUCACUGCUUUAAAUGUGAAGCAGGGUUUCAAUAAUCAGCCAGCAGUCUCUGGAGAUGAACAUGGUACUGCCAAAAAUGUCAACUUUAAUCCAGCUAAGAUUAGUUCAAAUUUUAGCAGCAUUAUUGCAGAGAAGCUGCGCUGCAACACGCUGCCUGACACGGGAAGACGGAAACCUCAGGUGAACCAGAAGGAUAACUUCUGGCUGGUGACGGCACGCUCUCAGAGUGCCAUAAACAACUGGUUCACAGAUCUGUCUGGAACUAAGCCCCUUACUCACCUAGCUAAAAAGGUACCCAUCUUUAGUAAGAAGGAGGAGGUCUUUGGUUACUUGGCAAAAUACACUGUUCCAGUGAUGAGAGCAGCCUGGCUGAUCAAAAUGACUUGCGCCUACUAUGCUGCCAUCACAGAAACUAAGGUGAAAAAACGGCAUGUCAUUGAUCCCUUUAUUGAGUGGACACAGAUCAUCACCAAAUACCUGUCAGAGCAGCUGCAGAGGAUUUCUGAGUUCUAUAGGCAGCUCUCUGGGCAAGGUUGUGGUUCACCAUCUGGGCCCAUGCCGCAGGAAGUGGAGCACGCUUUGAAACAAUGGGACUACAAUGAGAAACUGGCUAUGUUCAUGUUCCAGGACGGGAUGCUGGACAGACAUGAAUUCCUUACCUGGGUGCUUGAAUGCUUUGAGAAGAUACGACCAGGAGAAGAUGAAUUGUUGAAACUGCUCUUACCUCUGCUGCUGCGGUACUCUGGAGAGUUCGUGCAGUCUGCAUACCUGUCCAGGCGCUUGGCCUACUUCUGUACCCGCAGGCUUGCCAUGCAGCUGGAUGGCACGGGUGGGCACCUGCCCCACAUCCUGUCCGCACAGACGGGAGCUGCCCUCCCUUCAACACCUGCCCCUCAACCGGCUGCAGGAAAUCCUCCCCCUAGUCCCUUCAGUGACUUGCUGCUCUGUCCCCAACACCGCCCGGUGGUAUUUGGGCUCAGCUGCAUUCUACAGAGUAUCAUCCUGUGCUGCCCAAGUGCUCUGGUCUGGCAUUACUCCUUGACUGACAGCAGGAUAAAGACUGGCUCUCCACUGGACCAUCUGCCUAUUGCCCCCUCCAACCUUCCCAUGCCUGGGGGGAACUCGGCCUUCACCCAGCAGGUUCGGGCGAAGCUCCGUGAGAUUGAGCAGCAGAUAAAGGAGCGUGGCCAGGCUGUUGAGGUCCGCUGGUCAUUUGACAAGUGCCAGGAAACCACUGCAGGGUUCACUAUCGGCCGGGUUCUGCACACUUUGGAAGUUCUGGACAGUCACAGCUUUGAGAGAUCUGACUUCAGCAACUCUUUGGAUUCCCUGUACAACAGGAUAUUUGGGCUGGGACCAAGCAAAGACAGUCAUGAGAUCUCUUCAGAUGAUGACGCAGUGGUGGCCUUGCUGUGUGAGUGGGCUGUGAGCUGUAAGCGCUCUGGCCGCCACAGGGCUAUGGUUGUGGCUAAACUGCUGGAAAAGCGGCAAGCGGAGAUAGAGGCUGAGAGAUGUGGGGACUCUGAAGUUGUGGAUGAGAAAGGCUCCAUCUCCUCAGGUUCCCUCUCAGCAGCCAGCACACCUGUCUUCCAGGACGUCCUCAUGCAGUUCCUCGACACUCAGGCUCCCGUGCUAACGGACCCAGGGAAUGAAAGUGAGAAGGUGGAGUUCUUCAACCUGGUGCUGCUGUUCUGUGAGCUGAUCCGACAUGACGUCUUCUCUCACAACAUCUAUAUGUGCACACUCAUCUCCCGGGGUGACCUGGCCAUGGACUCGCAUGGGCCCCGCCCUCCCUCACCCUUUGAUGACCCUGCCGAGGAGCAUGACAGAAAGGAGGGGAUGGGCAACAGUGGCAUCAAGCUGGAGGACACCGGCCUCUCGGAGUCCAUGGAUAUUGAUCAUAGCUCCAGCGUGCUGUUUGAUGACAUGGAGAAGACUGAUUUCUCGAUGUUCUCUCCUCCAAUGCACUGUGAGUCUAAGGCCAGCCCUUCCCCUGAGAAACCAGACCCUGAGAAGGAAGCAAAGCCUCUGCUAAAGGAAAAGGCUGCAGAAGGAACACUAGCAUCCCUGUACGACCAGCCCCGACACAUCCAGUAUGCCACACACUUUCCUAUCCCUCAGGAGGAGUCAUGCAGUCACGAAUGUAACCAGCGGCUGGUGGUUCUGUUUGGGGUUGGGAAACAGCGAGAUGAUGCCCGACAUACCAUCAAGAAGAUAACCAAAGACAUUUUGAAGGUGUUAAACAGGAAGAGCACAGCGGAGACAGGUGGAGAGGAAGGCCAGAAGAGGAAGAGGAGCAAGCCAGAGGCAUUCCCAACAGCUGAGGAUAUCUUUGCUAAAUUCCAACACCUUUCUCACUUUGAUCAGCACCAGGUCACCUCUCAGGUAUCUCGCAAUGUCUUGGAACAGAUCACCAGCUUUGCCUUAGGGAUGUCAUACCAUCUGCCUCUGGUGCAGCACGUGCAGUUCAUCUUUGACCUGAUGGAGUAUUCGCUCAACAUCAGUGGUCUCAUUGACUUCGCUAUCCAGUUGCUGAACGAGCUGAGUGUGGUGGAGGCAGAGCUGCUGUUGAAAUCUUCCGACCUAGUUGGCAGCUAUACCACCAGCCUGUGCCUGUGCAUCGUGGCUGUGCUGCGGCACUACCACUCCUGCCUUAUCCUGAACCAAGACCAGAUGGCCCAGGUCUUCGAAGGUCUGUGUGGGGUGGUGAAACAUGGCAUGAACCGCUCCGAUGGCUCCUCAGCAGAGCGCUGUAUCCUGGCCUACCUCUACGACCUAUACACCUCCUGCAGUCACCUCAAGAGUAAAUUUGGGGAGCUCUUUAGUGACUUCUGCUCCAAGGUGAAGAACACAAUCUACUGCAAUGUGGAGCCCUCUGAUUCUAACAUGCUAUGGGAGCCUGAGUUCAUGAUCGACACCAUCGAGAAUCCAUCUGCACACAACUUCACCUACACCAACUUGGGCAAAAGCCUCAACGACAACCCGGCCAACCGCUACAGCUUUGUGUGCAAUGCACUCAUGCACGUGUGCGUGGGACACCAUGACCCAGACCGAGUCAAUGAUAUAGCUAUCCUGUGUGCUGAGCUGACUGGUUACUGCAAGUCCCUCAGUGCCGAGUGGCUGGGCGUGCUCAAGGCUUUGUGCUGCUCCUCCAACAAUGGGACUUGUGGCUUCAACGACCUCCUCUGCAAUGUUGAUGUGAGCGACUUAUCCUUCCAUGACUCCUUGGCCACCUUUGUUGCCAUUCUCAUUGCCCGUCAGUGCUUGCUGUUGGAGGACCUGAUUCGCUGUGCAGCCAUCCCCUCACUCCUCAAUGCUGCCUGCAGUGAACAGGAUUCGGAACCGGGGGCCCGUCUGACCUGUCGGAUUUUGCUACACCUGUUUAAGACACCACAGCUGAACCCAUGCCAGCAGGAUGGCAAUAAGCCCACAGUGGGAAUUCGUUCCUCCUGUGACCGCCACUUGCUGGCUGCUUCCCAGAACCGAAUUGUGGAUGGAGCAGUCUUUGCAGUGCUGAAGGCUGUCUUUGUGCUGGGGGAUGCAGAGCUGAAAGGCUCUGGCUUUUCCCACCCUGGAGGGGUGGAUGACCUUAUGGAAGAUGAGCUGGGUGCCAAGAAGUCUGCUGGCCGGACAGUGUCCAUAGAGACGGCCAGCCUGGAUAUUUAUGCCAAGUAUGUCCUGAGGAGUAUCUGUCAGCAGGAGUGGGUGGGUGAACGAUGUCUGAAGUCCCUCUGUGAAGACAGCAAUGAUUUGCAGGAUCCCGUUCUGAGCAGCAUCCAGGCCCAGAGACUGAUGCAGCUGAUCUGUUACCCACAUCGACUGCUGGACAAUGAGGAGGGAGAGAAUCCGCAGCGACAGAGGAUUAAACGCAUCCUACAGAACUUGGACCAAUGGACAAUGAGGCAGUCCUCAUUGGAGCUGCAGCUCAUGAUUAAGCAGACAGCAAACAAUGAGAUGAAUUCCUUGUUAGAAAACAUUGCCAAGGCCACCAUUGAGGUGUUCCAGCAGUCAGCAGAGACCAGCUCCGCGAACUCCACUGGAACUGGAGUCAACAGCCUCAGCACUGCGCCUGUGAGCACUGCAUCUGCCAGCAAUAAAGCCAAACCCAUCCUCAGUUCCUUGGAGAGGUCAGGAGUGUGGCUGGUGGCCCCACUUAUCGCCAAGCUUCCCACAUCGGUGCAGGGCCAUGUACUUAAAGCUGCUGGAGAAGAGCUAGAGAAAGGACAGCACCUGGGGUCAUCGUCCCGCAAAGAGCGAGAUCGCCAGAAGCAGAAGAGCAUGUCCCUCCUGAGCCAGCAGCCCUUCCUGUCGCUGGUGCUGACGUGUUUAAAAGGACAGGAUGAGCAGCGAGAAGGCCUCCUUACCUCACUCUACAGCCAGGUCCAGCAGAUUGUUACAAACUGGCGGGAAGAUCAGUACCAGGAUGACUGCAAAGCCAAACAGCUGAUGCAUGAGGCCUUGAAACUGCGACUGAAUCUGGUUGGGGGGAUGUUUGACACAGUUCAGCGCAGCACACAGCAGACAACAGAGUGGGCGGUGCUUCUCCUGGACAUCAUCAGCAGUGGGACUGUCGACAUGCAGUCAAACAACGAGCUAUUCACCACAGUGCUGGACAUGCUGAGUGUGCUCAUCAAUGGCACGCUGGCUGCGGACAUGUCCAGCAUUUCUCAGGGCAGCAUGGAGGAGAACAAGCGAGCAUACAUGAACCUGGUCAAGAAACUCAGGAAGGAGUUGGGCGACCGACAAUCUGACAGCCUGGAGAAAGUGCGACAGCUGCUUCCUCUUCCCAAGCAGACUCGGGACGUCAUUACCUGCGAACCUCAGGGAUCCCUCAUUGACACCAAAGGCAACAAGAUUGCUGGCUUUGACUCUAUUUUCAAGAAGGAGGGUUUGCAAGUCUCCACGAAGCAGAAGAUUUCCCCCUGGGAUCUGUUUGAGGGCCUGAAGCACUCAGCACCCCUCUCUUGGGGCUGGUUUGGGACUGUGCGAGUGGAUCGUAAGGUGUCCAGGUUCGAGGAGCAGCAGAGGCUCCUGCUGUAUCAUACACACCUGAAACCCAAGCCCCGCAGCUACUACCUGGAGCCACUGCCACUGCCUCCUGAGGAGGAGGAGCCCCCCACACCUGUGGCCCUAGAGCCAGAGAAGAAGGUUGUAGAGCCAGCCAAGGCUGAUAAAACCAGCUCCAAUCCUGCCACCUCCACCGAGGAGCGCAAGAAGAAACCGAGCAAGAGCAAGAAACGCAACCAGCCUGCCAACAAAAGCGAGGAUUUUGUGUUGGGCCCUAGCCGAGGAGUCCCCUAUGGAGUUGGCAUGCCUGCAGACCUCAUGCAUCAUCAGGCUGGGAAUUCCAUGUCUAGACUGGUAUAUGGGCAGUCGCCAGUGGGUCUCUAUGCCCAGAAUCAGCCUCUGCCAGCAGGUGGCCCUCGGCUGGAUACCUCAUACAGACCUGUACGCGUGCCCCUGGGAAAGCUGGUGCAAAGUCGGCCCUCUUACAGUGGGGUGCUGCCUUCGGGGAUGAGUGGCAUGAUGGGAAUUGACCCUUCCUACAAGCCAGCAGUCUACAGACAGCAGCCUCCAGUUUCCCAAGGGCAGCUGCUCCGCCAGCAACUUCAGGCUAAGCUGCAGGGCCAGGGAAUGCUGGGGCAGCCGCCAGUGCGCCACAUGACCCCUACCCCUUCCUAUGGAGCCCUGCAGCCUUCCCAGGGUUACACACCUUACGUCUCCCAUAUAGGCCUGCAGCAGCAUCCCCCUCAGUCCAGUACAAUGGUACCUCCCAACUAUUCCAGCCAGCCCUACCAGAAUUCCCAUCCCAGCUCAAACCCAGCUCUCGUGGAUCCUGUAAGACAGAUGCAGCAGAGACCAAGUGGCUAUGUGCAUCAGCAGGCCCCCGGCUACGGCCACGCCCUGGGCAACACGCAGAGGUUUCCUCAUCAGUCGGUACAGCAAGCGCCUAUGAUGAGCGGGAUGAAUCAUAUGAGUGCACAAGGGGUUCCAUCAGGAAUCCGACCCAGUCAGAUAUUACCUGAGCAGCAGCAGCAGCAGCAGCAGUACCUGAGGCAGCAGCAGCAGCAGCAACAACAGCAGAUGCUGAGGGGGUUCCCUUCUCCUCCCCCCCGGAACAGGGUAUGCCUGGUUCACCGGACUUCAAGAAGUGUCUCAGUUGCAAAGAAUCUAUCCCAGUGACUGACUGACACACCUUCUCAGUGCGUCUGCUGUCUCAAAGAGAACCACAUCCCACAGAAGUAUAGUUUAUGCCAGCAAUUAAAACACAGAUCUAGAAAGGAUAGAGAACCGAGUCUCAAGCGUCUUCUAAUGGAAGCAGCCCUCCAACCACUCUCGGAGUUGCACCAAGACUCUGGACAGUAGGAAUUCUCACUGCAACCCUCUGCAUCUGAGGUGGUGAGCCUAAGAAGUCACCACGAGCCACUCUCACAAGGCCUCUGAGAAGAGGACCAGUAGUCCCGACAGUGAGCCCUGAUGAAGCCAAAAACUAUCUCAGCUUGCUCGGUAUCGUUGGUACCGAAUCCUGUACCAGGGGCUUGCAUGGUACUUACCACCCCAGCAGAACAUCUGGGACUGCCUAAGGACCGAUGGACACAGGCAAGGAAUCAUUGGUACUGCCUGGGCACAAGAAAACUAAAGAAUCCACCCUGGAGAAGGCUUCUGAGGUGCAGAGCUCAAUGUUGGUACCAUCACGCCAGGCACUGGCAGAUGGCGCAAUCAGGACAGCAUUGCCAACCCCUUCGGUGCAGACAUCUCAGCACCGCUAAAUGCUAUUGGUACUAGUGUCUGCAGCACCACCAGAUUUCCAGUACACAACAGAUGUUUUGGUGUUUGACGCACUGGACUCACCUCUACUCGGUACCGGGGCCUGAGCACUGAGUCCACCCAGAGCUCCAGGCUCAUCAGUGACAUCAUGCCAUGCACCCCCAUUUUUGAGUGCUGAGUCGGAUAGUGAGCAAGAGGACGUAGUCUCCCACCACUCCUUUCAUGCACCCUAUGGUAACCAUUUCCAGUAUGGACCUCAACUAUAUGGCCCCUCUGACCUCGAGCCUCCUUGGUAUGGGCAGCCAUGGUACCAACCUCCAGGGCCUUUCCCACCCUCUCAAUGGCCUUAUUGGGAUCCUUGGCAGGCACAGAGACACCAUGUCUCCCAUGGCUCUAGCUUGGCCUAUCAGGAACCUAUGAGAUACCCACUGCAUUGAGGGCAUCCAAGCCUCCAGAAUAGUCAGGAGGGAACAAGAGGCUGAAGUCGAGGAGGAGAUUCCCCCCCCCCCCCCGACCAACUUCUCAUUUUCAUUACCAGAUGAGACAGCGAUGCCCCCUUCUCCAUUGUUGGCAGAUGAUUUCAAGCUUUUCCAGGAGCUAGCUCAUAGGGUGGCAGAUGCAUUACAACUACAAUUACAAGAGGUGACCGAGUCACACCAUAAACUAUUGGACAUUUUAUUUAGACCCUGUCAAACUCAUAUGGCAGACCCUGGCAUCGGUCCCACUGACAUGCCAGUGGGCUGAUAAAAAGUGUUACAUACCGGCAAAAGACACAGAAUUUCUCUUCUCCCUCACCCCACCCCACCCCGCCUAAUUCAAUCAUUGUGGACAUGCUGAGCUCAAGAGGCCAUCAGCAUCAUCUGAAAUCUGGCCCCUAUGACUGGGACUGGAAGCGCCUCUAUCUUUUGGGGAGAAAAAUAUACUCAUCAGCACUUUACAGUUCUGUAUUGCAAACUAUCAACCCUUAAUGGCAAAAUAUGAUUACAUCAACUACUCAAAAUUCAGGUCCUUUAUUGAGCAGCUCCCAGAUUCUCACAAGGACCAAUUCAAAGCCAUAAUUAACGGAGGCCAGCAAGUGGCAAAGAUGUCACUCCAGUCUGCACUCGAUGCAGCUGACACGACAGCACGUUCCAUCUUCACUGCUGUCGCGAUGAGAUGAGUUUCUUGUCUCCAGUUAUUCGGUUUCCCCAAAGAAGUGCAAACAACCAUAGAUGACCUUCUCUUUAAAGAUACAAAGCUCUUUAUGGAAAAGACGGACACUUCCCUUCACACACUAAAAGAUUCCAGGGCUACUCUUUGAUUGCUCAGAAUCUACACACCUUUGUUUCGCUCACUUGUCAAAAUAUUCAUCUCAAUGCUUGUAUGAACUCCCAAUAAAGAAGUCCAGGUUCUCCAAACAGAAAUCUUCAGGCCCUCAACCUACUUCUUCCUAGCUAUCCAUCUCAAAAUGACAGUUUUGUUGGGUUGGUUGAGGUGCCAUCAGACCAAUCUCUUCAAUAUUAUCCAAUGUUUGAAAACCCCUCUCAUCCCUAUGGAUGCCUGCAUCUUGAUCCAUUCUGCAGCACCUGGGAACGGAUAACCUCUGACAAAUGAGUACUGGAGAUUAUUUGAGAUUGGUACUCCAUCUGUUUCCCCUCCCCCCCAAACACCCUUCUGCAUCCCUCUUCAGUGACCCUUCUCAUAAGAAACUAUUAUGACAAGGGAGAGACCAUCUCCCCAGUGCAGGAUCCAUAAAACCAGUACAUCUAAGACGCAAAGACUUUUAUUCGCUAUUAUCUGAUACCCAAGAAAAUGCAAAGUUGGAGACCCAUACUAUACCUCAGGGUGCUCAACAAAUAUGUCAUGGCUCAGAAGUUCAAAAGGGUCCCUUUAUUAUUCCAUCAUUAGAAAAAGGUGACUGGUUCAUGUCCCUUGACCUCCAAGAUGCGUACUUUCACAUUUCAAUCAUACUGUGUCACAGAAGAUAUCUCAGAUUGACACUAAGCCAGGAUCACUACCAGUAUAGAGUACUCCCUUUUGCUCUCUCAUUGGCCCCCAGAGUAGUCUUCAAGAUCCUGUUUGUGGUGGCAGCUCACCUACAUUCCCAGGGCAUUAUGAUCUACCCUUACCUGGACGAUUGUCUGUUCAGGGUGCAUUUUUUCAUUAAAACCCAGUGAGUUACCAGUAUCGCUCUGGAUCUGUUCAAGAAUCUGGACCUACAAAUCAAUGCAAAAAAUCAACAUUAAUACUGGUACAGAGACUAGAAUUCAUAGGAGCCAAUGUUGAUUAUGAGCAAGAGCGCUUCUCCCACAAUACAGGUUCUUCAGUCUGUCCACACUUAUAGAGACAGUGCACUCCAGCCCUCAAAUAUUGGCUUCAACUUCUGGGGCACAUGGCCACAGGCACACAGAUGAUAGCUCAGGCCAGACUUCACAUGAGAUGCCUUCAAUUAUAGUUCCAUUCAGUUUACAGACCAAACAAAGACAAUAUAAAUAAACUCUUAUUGAUUCCCACCAAAAUCAAACAAUCCUUGGAUCCAUGGAAAGACCAGCAAACGCCUGGAUGGGAAUCCCGUUCACUCAGCCUUCCCCAUCACUAUUUCUCACCACUGAUGCAUGACUGAUAGGAUGGGGCGCACAUCUCAACGAUCUCACAGUGCAGGACAAAUGGUCUUCCUCCGAGACGUGUCUUAACAUCAAUCUACUCAAAGUUAGAGCAGUCAGGAACGUGUGUGUUCGUUUCCUUCUGCUGAUCGGAGGCACAUGCACAAAGGUCAUGACGGACAAUGUAGCAUGCAUGUAUUACAUAAACCAUCAAGAAAGCACCAGUGGAAGCACUAAAGCUAUGGAAGUGGUUUAUUUCCUACAAUGUUACAAUAUCAGCAGCUUAACUACCAAGAAUACACAACACGAUAGCGGACAGUCUCAGCUGCAAAUUCCCACACAACCACAAGUGGGAGAUAGACUCAGUGGUACUCUGACAUAUUCCGACAAUGAGGGACACGGAUAAUAGCCUUGUUUGCUACUUACCAGAACAAGAAGUGUCCGUGGUACUGCUCCAGAGUGGCCAUUGGCCAGCACUCUAUGGGGGAUGCAAGAGCCUUCUUUCCACCUUUCUCCCUUUUCCUCUAUUGCUGAAAUUCCUGUUGAAAAUAAAAAGAGAAAGCAAACAUCAUACCGAUUGCUCCCACCUGACCCAAACAAACAUGGUACCCUUACCUGUCACAACUGGUGCUGUGUCCGCCAAUGACUCUUCCAACAACUCCUUACCUCCUCUUGUAGAAUGAGAGAAACAUUUUCCAUCCCAACUUAUGGAUACUACGGCUCAAAGCCUGGUUCUUUCAUGGUUCCAACACAUAGAAACAUCAUGCUCUGAAGAGGUACAGGAAGUGUUAUUGCACACUAGGAAAGUGGCUACCCAUCGUACUUACCUAUAGAAGUGGACUAGAUUCCAGAUCUGGUGCCAGUUCAAGAGAGUUACCCUGGAUGCAGCCACUCUACCUGUAGUCCUAAACAGUGUUCCAUCUAAUUUUUCCCACAUGUGUACGGAAUGAAUUUUGUUAUGUGCACCGAUAUGGUCAA